UUUCACGCCCACCAAGAGCGGGAGGUCCUCGCUCCAAACCAACCCCCUUUUGCUGCACUAGGAUCUCAGCGUACUGUUCGCGUUGGAGCGAACUGCACAUUUCGAACCGCCAAAACCCUCACUCCCAAUUCUCUACUCCAUCACAGAACUAGGGUUUCCACGGCUCUCAUCCCCUCAAUGGCCGAGUCCGCCUUGCAACUCGUCUCCGAAAUCGGUUGCCAACUCGGCCGCCAAACUCGCUCCAGCAAGGAUUCCAUACUCAAGUCGCUCAAGCAAGUUGCAAAUGCUUUGUCAGAAAUAGAACAGCCUUCAUCGCAUGAAGCUGCCAAAAAGUUAGAAGCUACCAAAAAGCUAGAAGUAGCCAUAAAGCCCUUGAGCAAAGCAAUUGUACAGAGCCUUCUUCAGCAUAAAGAUAAGGAAGUUAGACUUCUAGUGGCCAUCUGCAUCAGUGAAAUAUUUCGGGUCAUGGCACCUGAACCACCUUUCGAAGACAAAUAUCUUAGGGACAUUUUUAAGCUCAUUGUUGGCACCUUUUCUGAGCUAGCUGAUACUGCAAGCCCAUUCUUUUCAAGAAGAGUUAAAAUAUUAGAGACUGUUGCACAAUGUAAAUGUUGUGUUAUAAUGCUGGAUAUUGACUGCAACGAUCUAGUUCUUGAGAUGUUCAAUAUUUUUUUCUCGGUUGUUAGGGAAAAUCACCAGCAGAGUUUGAUUAAUCAUAUUAUGUCUAUAAUGACACAUAUUCUAAACGAGGAAACUUCUCAGACAGUUUUGGAUAUGAUUAUGCGAAAUCUUGUAAAGGAGGGAAAGGGUGUACCUUCUGCUUCUUAUAAGCUUGCUGUUUCUAUCAUCCAAAAUUGUGCAGAAAAGCUUGAGCCCUAUGUUUGUGGGUUUUUAACAGCUUGUAUUCUGGAUAGGGAUGCUGUAGAGAAUGAGCUCAAAGAAUUUUACCAUGAAAUUAUUUUUGAACUUUUCCAGUGUGCUCCUCAGAUGCUUCUUGCUAUCAUUCCAAACUUGACACACGAAUUACUGACUGAUCAGGUUGAUGUCCGAAUAAAAGCUGUUAAUUUAAUUGGAAAACUUCUUGCACUUCCCAAACAGCGUGUUGCCCAAGACUACCAUGAUCUUUUUGUAGAGUUCUUGAAAAGAUUCUCUGAUAAAUCUGUGGAAGUUAGAGUUAGUGCUCUACAAUGUGUUAAGGCUUUCUACAUGGCCAAUCCCUCAGGGUCAGAAUCACAUGAAGUUCUCACUGCCAUCGAAGAUCGAUUGUUAGAUUUUGAUGAUAGAGUGAGAACACAGGCAGUGAUUGUGGCCUGUGAUCUUGCCCAAUCUAACUUGAAAUUUGUUUCCCCGAAAUUAAUAUCUCAAGCUACUGAAAGACUUCGGGAUAAGAAGGUAUCUGUGAGAAAGAAGGCCUUACAUAAGUUGGUGGAAGUAUAUCAAAAUUACUGUAACAAAUGUUCUGAAGGCCACAUGACAAUAAGUGAUCACUUCGAACAGAUUCCAUGUAAGAUUUUGAUGCUGUGCUAUGAUAAAGAUUGCAAGGAGUUCAGGUCCCAAAACAUGGAGCUUGUACUUGCGGAGGAUUUAUUUCCAGCACUUCUUUCAGUUGAGGAGAGGACAAGACAUUGGAUCCACUUGUUUUCUCUUUUCACCCCUCUUCAUGUGAAGGCAUUUAGCUCUAUCUUAUCCCAGAAGAGAAGGUUGCAAAAAGAGUUGCAAAUUUAUUUGGCCCUACGAAAAAAAGAUAAGGAGAAUAGUUCAGAAGAGAUACAGAAUAAAAUUAAAGCUUCGAUUAUGAAAAUGGCUGCAUUUUUCCCAGAUCCUUCCAAAGCAGAAGACUCCUUUCAUAAAUUGAACCAAAUGAAAGAUAAUAACACUUUCAAGACUCUGGCAUCAUUAUUGGACGAACUGAAAGUUAGAGAUGCUCAGACCACCAGAGAUAAAUUUUUGAAAACAAUGGGUGGUAGAGAUCCACAGUAUGAGUUUUUGUGUUCACUCUCCUCAAAAUGCUCGUAUAACAUAUUUGGUUCGGAGCACAUCCAAUGUAUUCUAGAUUAUCUUUCCAGUAACAGAUCUGGAAACAAGCUCUUGGAGGCUUCUUCUGCCAACCUUCUUCUGGCUAUCAUUAGCAUUUACCCCUCACUCCUAAGAGGUUCGGAGGUGCAACUUCAAAUGUUGAUAGAGAAGAAUAACCAAAUCAGUGACAAGCUGAUUGAGGUGUUAGCAAAAGCAGGUCCUCAUACAUCUGUCAAACUCAGUGAUAUAUAUCCCAUCUUGGAGAGAGUAUGUCUUGAGGGAAGUCGCAUGCAGGCCAAAAUUGCUGUUGCUGCAAUUGCGGCAUUAGCUGGUGUUUCUGAGCAAUUCUUCUUUUCAGAAUUAUGCAAGGAACUUGUGGAUUCUCUGCAUAGUAGGCGAAACAUCCCAACAGUAUUGCAGUCUUUAAGCUGCAUUGCACAAUACUCUGUUUCGACAUUUGAGGCUCAAGAUGGAGAGAUCUCAUCAUACAUUAAUGAGAAAAUUUUUCAAGUGGAUGCAUCAGAUGAUCUAAUUAAUUCAUUUAAUGAUACUUCUGGCUGUAGUAAUUCUUGCAAAUUGAAGAUUUAUGGGCUGAAAACACUUAUCAAGAGUUUUUUGCCACAUCGGGCAACUCAUGUCAGAAGGAAAAUUAAUGAAGUAUUGGACAUUUUGUCAAAAAUGCUGCAAAAGGGUGGUGCUUUUGAUGGUAUCAUCUCAUGUGAAAGUGAUAAGGCUCACAUCAGAUUAGCUGCUGCGAAGUCUGUUCUGCAGCUUUCCAAAAGAUGGGAUUUGCAUAUUUCACCAGAGAUUUUUUGCUUUACAAUUUUAAUGGCAAAGGACUCUUCUGUUUUUGUUCGGAGAAUAUUUCUCGAUAAGACACACAAGCUAUUGAAGGAGCAUGCUAUUCCUAGCAGAUAUGCAUGUGCUUUUGCAUUGGCCACAUCGGAUCGCCUCAAAGAUCUGCAGGAUAACGCAUUUAAAUAUAUGGCAGAAUUUAUUAAGGAAUAUAGUCGAGAAGCGAGAAUCCGUCAAGCUUCUGCUGCGCAAGGAGGAUCAAUCACCGAUUAUCCGGCAUAUAUAGUGGUAUUCUUGAUAUAUCUCCUUGCUCACGAUACAGGCUUCCCUCACGAAAACUGUAAGGAUGAAGAACUCUAUGCCCAGUUUUGCAGUCCACUUUUUCAUUUACUGGAGGCAUUAGUCAGUGUUGUUGAUGGGGACAGGGAUCUUGUUAAUGAUGCUCGCUUACUUCUGCUCAGUAUUUUUCGUGCUAUUAAGAAAGCUGAGGAUGCUGUUGAUGCUCAAAAUACUCCAAAACUGCACAUUUUAGCAGACAUUGGGUACUCCUUUGUAACAGCAUUAAAUCAUAAUGGUGUCUCUUCAUCACAUGCCCCUGCACUGAUCUUGCUGCCAUCAUCAUUAUAUCGAGCAAAUUCAGGAUGUCUUACUCGGUCCUCUUUUGAUGACUGUUUUCUUGAGAAGAUUAUUCACAGGUUUAAAUCUCGUAUCUCUCUGCCUGUUAGCUCUCUUCCUAAACGUGGUCGGAAGUGCCAAGAGGAUGACACACAGUCCGAGAUCAUUAAGAACAACACAUUGAAGUUGGCACAUGGCAAGCAACUUGAUUUGUCCACAACUGGAACAGAAACCCAAAAAAAUGUGAGCCAGUGUGUUAGUGUGGGACAUAGGCGAAAACGGGCAAUCUCUUCAACUGCUUCUGAUUCAGUUGGAUUGCGUGAGUGUUCUACUAUCAAUCACCAACAUGGUGCAUCUAAAAAGUUUGAAAAAAAUAUGGAGAAAGAACUACUUUCAUCUUCUUGUGAUUCUGUAACCCUGAGACCCUCCCUUGCUGAAUCACAUCUUUCGACUCAAAUUCUAGAAAGAAAUGCCCCUAUUAAAGAAAAUCUCAGGGACAGUAGCAGCAUUAUUGCUGAACCUUCCAAUUAUCUCAGAGCGAAGCUCAAAGACCCUUGCAAUAUCACAUAUGAUAGUGGGGAGGUUGAAGUAUUAUGCCUGGAAACUGAGAGCUGCGAGACGACAAGCAAUGGUCUGCUGGUGGAAAGGGUUGUCUUGUCAGACGAGUCAAACACCUUUCAGUUGCAGUGCGGUGAUAGUGGGGAGCAUUUUUUUCACAGUGGUCUAAAGAAAGCUGUUGACGCAAUUGGAGAUGUUGCCACCCAACAGCAAAAAGUCUCACCAUUUGAGGAAUGUCGAAAGUUUUCUGACAGAACUACUCUUCUUCCUGCAAAGGCAAAGAAGGGACAGAAAGCUUCUCUAGAUACAUCAGCAUCAGAAGUUAUCAAUCUGAAUGAAAAUGCUGUUGCCAAAAGAACUAGGAGGCAAAAAAAAAUCUAACCUUUCAUACUUCUUUCGGGGUGAAUAAUUUCUUCCAGUUCUCAAAAAAUGUUGAAUUCUGUGACUCAAGGUUAUGAGAAGUCGAGUAGUCAAAUUACUCCUGAGGACUCUCAGCAGCUUUAGGUCAGAUUAGCCAAAGAAUGCCCAUUUGUAGAUGUUAUGUUUAUAUUCUGAGUUACCAACUUCAAAACGGAAUGCUGUAAAUAAUAGGAUGAGUUUUAUGAUACGCUUCACACUAGAUGAAGAAGAUGUGAAUUUGAAUUUCCCUGGUUUGUUCAUUUGAUCCAUCCAUUUUCCUUUAAUUUUAAUUUGUAUUUUUUUUA